CCGGGAUUGCUAAACAUACUGAUUAUAAAAGCCCGACCAUUCGUGUUGAGUGUUUAUUGUUAGGUCCGGGAAACCUUUGUAGUACUCGAGUGAGGAAGGGCAUUUAAUGUAUGUACGUAAAACUAGUAACAGACAAGUAUUAAUCUAGUAUGGGAGCAAAGAAGAAAAUGAGUUCUGCUGAGAAAAAUGAUGGAACUAAGGAGGAUGCUAAAAUUCACGCUCAAGAAAAUUCAUUGCUGCUGACAGCUUCAACCUCAUCGCCAUCAUUAUUAAAUGGCUGUAGUGAUACCACUACACAUGUUGGUGCCAGUAUUGGAGAGCAUAUCAGUGCACACCAUUAUCAUGCACCUCCUGAAGUUUCAGCCAUAGCACAUGUUUUAAAUGUUCCAUCCGCAACUUUGGAAAUGCCACCAGAUUCAGUUUUUCUUACUUCCUCAACGCACCACAGACAACUUCACAGAUCUCAAGAAAGGCCUUUCAGUGCUCCACCUGACAGCUUAGAAAAAAUAUCUGGAACACUGCUGAGACUUGUAGGCGAUCAUUACCUGUGUUCAUCAUGUGGUCGUCAGCUCCGCACACUUGGGGAUCAAUUGACUUUUGAAACCAAUCUACGACAUGCUUUAAGUGCUAGUGAAUUAAAUGCUUACCACAAUGAAAACUAAAUACCACUAUGUCGAAGCUAUUGUGUGAUCUAAAUACAAGUCAGUUAGAUAGUAUAUACAAGCAGUGUAUGUUUUAAGUGGUAGUGAAUUGAACAUAGCCACACUUGUUUAUAUGUGGGUCGUGUAUUUUGAGUUUCUAGCUUAUUAGUUGAUGGUUUUUUUUACAACUUACAUUACUUAAAAAAGUUUUGCAUUUUGAUUAUAUUUUUUAAAAUUAAAUUUUUAUUUUAUUUUAUUGUAAUAAAACCUAAAUUAAUGAAAAUAGAGUACAAUUAUUGUAAAACUACUAUUGUUUGUAGCAAAAUACCAUUUAAUUUAUUAGCCUAGAAUCGCAGUGCAAUGUUUGUAUAGUAAACAGUUUUUGUCACAACAGUAUGGUUCUCUGAUGAUAAAUUUCAUUUCAUUCCUUUAACCAACACUUGUUAGAUGAUAUAUAUAUAAAUAUAUAGUGACUUAAGUGACAUUGCCAGAGAGAUGUUUACAAAAGUGCCUAUUUUAUCUAAGUUCUUCCGGUGAUUAUAUUCUACAUUUUAGCAAACACAUUUUUUUCACAGCAUUCCAUUUUAUUACUCUCUUAAGAGCUGAUGAAGUAAAAAUGAUGAGUGUUUGUAUGAUUUGUAAUUAUUUUAUAUUCAAAAAAUUUUAAAGUUGCAAUAUGAAUAUCUAACUUUGUUUAUUAUUGUAGAAUCUUGCAGUGACAGCAUUUUAUCUUUUUAAAUUGUGAGUAAAAAACUACACACGUCUUGAUCACUUAAGACUUUUUAAGCUUAUACUUAUAUACUAUUUUUGUGUGCAAGUUUAACUAAAUUUAGUGAUGGAAAGUCAUUAGAAACUUAGGCAAGCUGAUUAAUUAUUUGCCAAACCAUUUGUACGGAAAUGAGCAGUAAUUUUGUGCAAUUAAUCUGUACAUUCUUUAAUUUGCUUGAAGAAAAUACUGCUUAUAAAGUUUGCUUUAUUUAAAAAAUACUUAAGAAUUGUUUGUUUUAGGUUAAAGUUUGGUUAUAAUUUUUAAGCAAUCCACAUUUUUGCCAAUGAAAAAAGCUAAAUAACAAUACGCAUAACUUUUAUUUUUACUAAUAUGUGAAAAUUACAAUUAAUAUUAACAUAUCUUUAACUUCAAAUUAGCUAAAAUGUUUAGACUUCUUUUACAGUCCUGAAUCAAAACCCAAAAAUUACUUUUUAUGUGUGAAAAUAUCAAAAUUGUAAAUUACUUGUGGUUGACAAAAAUUCUUUUUCUACCAACUCUUACAUUUUAAUUCAUAAUUGUUUUAACUGGUCAUGAUCACAUAUCAACUUUCUAAUUUAGAAUUGUAUUUUCUUAGUCAUCUAAGACAAUAUUAUCAAGCAGUUUGUGUUCCGUUAAUUUUCUUUUCACAAUAUUUAUUUCAGUUUUAUUAGAGAAGCUCCCAUUCAAUUAUGUGUUCAUUUAUUAUAAUUUAAUUUUUAUCCUGCUUAUCAACACUUUUUGUGGAUCAGCUUUUCAAAUGAUUAAUUAUGCACAGGGUAGUGAUCAAAGUGGUCAUACUUCAUUUUAUAUUUACUGUAUGUUUUUUUGUAUGUGAGACAGUUUAAAAUAUAACUUGCUUUAAUAUUUAAUUAGGGCACAUGAGUUUGAGUUUGCCUGCCUUGAUAAAUUAUGAGGCCAGUACAAUGACUGUAAGUCUAGUAUUUAGUCCUUUCUUAGCUGGUUGGACUCAGGGAUAUCUUGGUGAUUAGAAAGGCAAACAAGAUCACAAUCAUAGCUAGUUCUGCUCAACCACACCUGCCACUUAAGAGCAUUUUUUCCAAAUUUAAGACGUCCUUUUUUUAAAAAAAAAUCCUUUAUUUGAUGUUAACCUUUUCCCCCUCCCCCACAACCAUUUGUAGCCUAAAAAUUUAUACAAUGUGAAAUUUUUAUGACUGAAUAGCCACUAUGUAUUUUGAAGUAAUAUAACAUGCAAUUCACUGUUUUUGGAUGUCAGUACUCAAUUUAAACACAGUGACACUAGAAAUGUUAACUUAUUUUUAGUGCCUUAAAUUUUUGUGUACAUUUAUUAGAUACAUUAUAAUUAAUAAGAAUUAAUUACUAAUUUUUUGUUUAGUUUAAUUAAAGUUAGUUUUUUAUAGUUAACUUCUCUGUUCUAUACAUGUUGGCAAUGUGUGCCUUGCUAUAAGCUCAUUCAAGAUGGCUACUUUUGAAACAACGAAUAAUGCUGCAUGGUAUGGAUCUUAUUUCUUAACACUUCACAAGCCCUAUAACUAAGUUGUAGAUGUUUCAGUUGUACAUCUAAUUUUAUUAUUAACAGUUUGUAUCAAAACUAUGCAGUUGUUUUGAAGUUAUUUUUAUAAAAAAGAAUUACAAUUAUACAAUAUCUUAUGGACUGAAGGCUAGUUACUUCACCAUUACAAAUAAUUCAAAAUGCAUCAAUAUUAAUUUAUAGCGCAUAAUUAUAGAAUGCUCUUUCAUAAAUCUUACUGAAUUUUUAAAAAUUAGGUUUCUGCCGGACCUCAUAAAAUUAUAUUAUUUUUGUAAGAUUUGUAUUGUAUACAAAUUAGAAAGUCAAAACUUUAAGAUAAAAUUUAAAUUUAUUUACAAAAUAUAUAAAAAAUUAAACAUUGAU